AUGUGCAUCUCCCUUGAUAAUAUCGUCAAAUUUACUGAGCCAACCAUUAGCAAGCAUUGGAGCUGGUGGGCUCCCCAUUGCCAAUCCAUCGACUUGUUGUAUCGUGGUAAAGUUUCGGAUAAUUUUAAACGAACGCUUAACAACAUCAAAGCUCCGUGCAGAAUUAUAUUCACGCUGAAUAAACUGAAAAGCUGUCUACCAUCACUAAAGCCAACAGUCGAAAAAUCUUUGAAAAGUGGCGUAGUAUAUAAAUUUUCAUGUCCAAGAUGUUCGUCUUGCUAUGUCGGUCAAACAAGCCGUCAUUUGAUAUGUCGUUUCAAAGAUCAUCGACGUAAUGGCCCGGUUGCGGAUCAUUGGAAAGAAUGCGAACGUGAAUUGUCGAUUGAUGACGUAACGAUCUUGUGCUCAAACUCAAAAUCAACGUAUCAUUUAAUGACUUUAGAGGCUCUUUUCAUCAAUCAAUUGAAACCAUCUUUGAAUACAAAGGAUGAAUAUAGAUUCAGGCCGCUGCUUUUUUCUGAUUUGUGUACAGUGUAUGAUGCUAUGUAUGAUAUCUUACUUCGCAAAUAUAUUGAAGAUAUCAUUUGGAUUUCGAGUUACCUGUAUGUACAAGCAUCAACUUUGCUGUUUCUGGCUAUGUGUAUAAUUACAGUAGAUCGAUUCCUGUGCAUAUAUUUACAUUUAAAGUAUAAUUAUAUUGUUACAAAAACUCGAUUGGUGAAAGUUACAGUUGCAACUUGGAUUGUGAGUGCUCUUCCAGGAGUACCUAUACUUGUGUCUGGCAACAUUUUCCCUUCAGCAUAUUCAUUAAUCUUUGCAAUUCUAAAUGGUAUCUAUGUUUUGAUUACCAUAACAAUUUAUGCAGCAAUUGGUUGCUAUUUUAGAAGAAGAAGAAGGAGUGAGUUUCGAGGAAAUAGAAGAAUAAAAACUUCAUUUGCAACUUCGAAACAAUUUAUCGUACCACUGCUAAUAGUUUUUACGUUCAUAGUUUUUGCUGCUUUACCUAAAGUUAUCAUAACAUGGCUGCCGUUUACAACCAAUCUGGAGAUAAUGGUAAUAUUUGUGCAUUUAUUACUAAUUUGUGGUAUUAUUAUUGAUCCUUUGAUUUAUGUUUUUCUUAACAGACAGCUUAGAAAUAUAGCACUACAUCAUAUCUGCUGUGAGCAAUGUUUUUUAACGAAGUUAAAUGAACCGGUCGUGUUACAAAACAUCAGUGCUCAUCACCAUUCUAUGCAAAGUAAUGUGCGAACGAUAUGCAAAUUUUAA